AUGCCUACUCCAUUCCGGGACCUUCACAACAACAGCAAUGCAUCUGCCUCUUCUUAUGAGUGCGAUUCUUUUUUCUUUUUCAAACCAUAACUAUAGUUUCAUUUCAGAACAGCGUGGAGUUCCAGUUUCAGCAACCGGCGGUCAAUGAACGACAGCCGAGCCAAUCUGAAAGAUAUUGUAAAAUUUCAGUAAAGUAAAACCUGUGAAAAGUGUGUUCUUAUGCAGAAAAAUGAGCCAAUUAAUGAAGAUGACGUGUCGAUUCUGGAGAACAACAUUUCGAUGAUGUCUGUCAGUUCUCCCGCAAGAAACACUGCCGGAGGGAAUUUCCUUCCAAUGACGCCCGGAGAAAAGAUCCUAGGUAAGUUGCAGAAGGAGGAAGAACGGGAACUCUUGCGGAAGCUCUAUCCGGAGAUGUUCGAGGACUCGCCACAGCCACCACGAAAACCAAACAAAACAGUAAGAGAAGUGGUAAGGAAGACAUAAAUAGAACUAUCGUGAUCUUUCUGUUUAAGAAAAGAGAACCGAUUUCUGAUUACGAAGACGACGAUAAAGAAAAUCUACCACCAGAAGAAAAAUUCAAAAAAGAAAAAGAGAUUCCUCCCAAGAAGCCAAAGGAAAGAUCUAAGAGAAUUCAAAUAUCAUCCGAUUCCGAAAAUGAUGAAGCUGCUUUCGACGAUUGUAAUAGUUUGUGUCAAGAUAAUUUAGAUGGUUUCAAAUGCCCUUUCAGAUCUUAAAAAACUGAGAAACCCAAUGGAACCCGCGAAAGUCGAAAGAAAAGUUUCAGUACGGAAGAAUUUCGUUGUUGAUGACGAUUACAUCAGUGAAGAAAGCGAUUUCUCGUCGGAGUCGGAGUCUGAGGACGAUCUAGAAGACGAGUACAGAACGUCGAGUCUAGAAACGAAAGCACGGCCUGCGCAGAAAAAGAAGAGAGCUUCUGACGAUGAGGAGUGGUUCCUGCAGUCUCUCACUGAGAAUUUCUCAGGCCCAAUGUAUUUUAUCGAUCUUUUUGCAUCCACUUAUCACUCAUUUUCAGUCACAACGAAGCGAAAGUGUAUGUGAAAGAAAAUGCUCUCCGCCAAAAGAAACAUCGUGAAACUCUUCUCAUACGUCUCCAAGACAUUCUGAUCCGCCGAAUAUUCUCGGACAUUCCCUCUGAAAAGCUAAAACUCGAAUGGAAUGCACGCCUUCGCAAAUCGGCGGGACAAUGUCGGAAUCAUUCGAAUGGGAAUAGUACGAUCGAAAUGUCGCCGGUAGUCUGCACGACUGCGGAAAGGGUACGAGACACUCUGAUUCACGAAAUGUGCCACGCGGCGGUAUGGGUCGUCGACAGACUGCACAAAGAGGGCCACGGACCCGGAUGGAAACGGUGGGGAGCGCGCUGUUCGUCGGCUUUCCGCUCGCUCCCGUUCGUCGAAAGAUGCCACAGUUAUGAGAUCGAGGCCAAGUUCUUCUAUGUUUGCGAAAACGUCGAUUGCGGGCAAGAGUGAGUUCUGAAUGUAUGUAAUUGAUAAAUUUAAUCUCUUCUCCUUCAGAAUCAAACGUCAAUCAAAAUCACUGGAUACCUCGCGGAAAGCGUGCGGAAAGUGUUUGGGCCGAUUCGUUCUUUACCGUUUUUGCCGUCGUACAAACACUCGCAUCGUGGUAGAAGAUCCGAAGGCGAAGACCCCAACUGCCCCGACGGCGAGUCCAUCUCCUCCUUUAUCCAAAAGGAAUGUGAAGCGAAACGAUGACGACGACUUUGCUGAUUACGCAAAAGAGAACUAUUGGAAGUUCAAUAAUAUGAAGCACUCGGAAGUAAUGGAAAAACUCCGAGAGGAAUUCAAACAAAUCAAAUCCAAAUGA